GUCUGGCUCCCAGUUCCCCGGGCCGUCGGGGGGCCUCUCGGCGGCUCCCUCCGCCCCCCCGGCGCCCUUCCCUCUUUCUGCCUUAUUUCCGCUCUCCCCCGCCGCCUUCCGGCUGCUUCCCACCUCCAUGUUCUCCUAACCCCGCGUCCGUCGACUGCCGCACGUCAAGGGUGUCCGGCCGUUGUCGCGCUCGCGCGUUCCCCUCUAGAGGCUUUGGGACGACGUCCGGGGCGUCCCGACUGCUGGGAAUCACUACAAUGUAUAGUUGCGCAUUUGGACAAACUUCAGUUCAGAGAUUUUCAGAAUUAAAGCUCCUCAGCUGUAAUGAUUGACUUCUUUCCAGGAACCUCCUUCCUUUACUCAGAUUCCUUGGGUCAGCAAGACUAAUUGAGCCUAGAAGCUUCAGUUGGUUUGUGUCUGCCACAGCACAACUCCUCUGCCCCAAUCUUUGAGAAAAUGCAAGAUGUUUCUGAAAACAGCAAAAACAAAAGCACUGUGGGAAUUGCAACCAUGAAUGAAGAAAACAUAGAUGGAACAAAUGGAUGCAGUAAAGUCAGAACUGGUACUCAGAAUGAAGCAGCAUUACUUGCUUUGAUGGAAAAGACUGGUUACAACAUGGUACAGGAAAAUGGGCAAAGGAAAUUUGGUGGUCCUCCUCCAGGUUGGGAAGGUCCCCCUCCACCUAGAGGCUGUGAAGUUUUUGUAGGAAAAAUACCUCGUGAUAUGUAUGAAGAUGAGUUAGUUCCUGUAUUUGAAAGAGCUGGGAAGAUAUAUGAAUUUCGACUUAUGAUGGAAUUUAGUGGUGAAAAUCGAGGGUAUGCUUUUGUGAUGUACACUACAAAAGAAGAGGCCCAAUUAGCCAUCAGAAUUCUUAAUAAUUAUGAAAUUCGACCAGGAAAGUUUAUUGGUGUGUGUGUAAGCUUGGAUAAUUGCAGAUUAUUUAUUGGAGCUAUUCCUAAGGAAAAGAAGAAAGAAGAAAUUUUGGAUGAAAUGAAGAAAGUUACAGAAGGAGUUGUAGAUGUCAUUGUUUAUCCAAGUGCCACAGAUAAGACCAAAAAUCGUGGUUUUGCAUUUGUUGAAUAUGAAUCUCACAGAGCUGCUGCCAUGGCUAGGAGAAAACUAAUCCCAGGUACAUUCCAACUAUGGGGCCAUACCAUACAGGUAGAUUGGGCUGACCCAGAGAAGGAGGUUGAUGAGGAAACCAUGCAGAGAGUUAAAGUUCUCUAUGUAAGAAAUUUAAUGAUCUCAACUACAGAGGAAACUAUUAAAGCAGAGUUCAACAAAUUCAAACCUGGUGCAGUUGAACGAGUAAAGAAACUUAGAGAUUAUGCUUUUGUUCACUUUUUCAACCGAGAAGAUGCAGUGGCUGCUAUGUCAGUUAUGAAUGGAAAAUGCAUUGAUGGAGCAAGUAUUGAGGUAACACUGGCAAAACCAGUAAAUAAAGAAAACACUUGGAGACAGCAUCUUAAUGGUCAGAUUAGCCCUAAUUCUGAAAAUCUGAUUGUGUUUGCUAACAAGGAAGAAAGCCACCCAAAAACUCUAGGCAAACCACCAACUCUUCCAGCUCGUCUCAAUGGUCAACAUAGCCCAAGCCCCCCUGAAAUUGAAAGAUGCACUUAUCCAUUUUUUCCUGGAACAAAGCUUACUCCAAUUAGUAUGUAUUCUUUAAAAUCCAAUCAUUUCAAUUCUGCAGUAAUGCAUUUGGAUUAUUACUGCAACAAAAAUAAUUGGGCACCACCAGAAUAUUAUUUAUAUUCAACAACAAGUCAAGAUGGGAAGGUACUCUUGGUAUAUAAAAUUGUUAUUCCUGCUAUUGCAAAUGGAUCCCAGAGUUACUUUAUGCCAGACAAACUCUGUACUACGUUAGAAGAUGCAAAGGAACUGGCAGCCCAGUUUACAUUACUUCAUUUGGACUACAAUUUUCGUCGCAGCUCAAUAAAUAGUCUUUCCCCUGUUAGUGCUACUUUCUCUUCUGGGACUCCCAGCGUGCUUCCUUAUACUUCAAGGCCUUAUUCUUAUCCAAGCUAUCCCUUGUCACCAACAAUAUCACUUGCUAAUGGCAGCCAUGUUGGACAGCGACUGUAUAUCUCCAAUCAGGCCUCAUUCUUCUGAAGAAGAUACUGUAAACAUGAGUAUGAAAGUUUCUUUGUAAAGCAUGCAAAUUAAAAUACUGUUUUAUUUUAGAAUCGGGUUUGCACAUUUGGUUUUAAAAUGAUAAAUGUAUAUUUAUUUCAACAUAGUAAACAUCAGCCAUAAUUCGGUAUAACCUACAAUUGCAGAACUUGUAAAAAUGCUAAGUUUAAAAAGUUAUUCAGUAGUUUCUCUUGAUAAAGGUAUAGCAAACUACUCUUCUUUUUAAACUUUUGGGAUUUUAAAUACUUCCAAUUCCUGAGUGGGCAGUAGAACCCAAGAGUUUAUGUUAAAUUUUUGCAUAAUAGCUUUGCCAAAUAGCAUUUCACAAAUAUUUAAGCACUUGCAGACAAUGGUUACACUACAUUUGAUUACCAAGGAUCACUAUCUGUAUUAGAGAUUGUAACAGUUAUAUAACCAGAAGCAGCUAACUAUUAUGUAGAAAGAAAUGAAGGGCAAAAAUUAAGAUACAAAUCUUUUGCAGUACUAAAGGAAAAGCAGUCUACCAAUGUGGUCCUUGAAAAUAACUAUAAAUAUUUUAGUUAAUUACCUGUUAUAGAAAUAAAUUUUAAUUUUGCUGUUAAUGUAUUUCAGGUUUUUAUAGUUAUACUUCUUUUGUGUUUUUGAUAUUCACUGUAUAGUUGUUUGACUAAUAAGUGUUAUGGUUUUUUAAUGUUGAAAUCAUGUGUUGUUUAAUUUUUGUACGUGAAUUCAAAUUCUUUGACAUUAAAUAUGUGAUGCUUCUAAUAUGUAUGUGU